UUCGUCCAAUCGGCGGCUAGGCCAGUGUGAGUGCGAAUAGCGCUGGAGGGGGAUCUCAGUCCGCGCUGCUGGGAGGAGGCGGUGGUGGAGGCAGGCUCUCCUACCCCCAGCUCCUCCAGCCGACACCGCCGCACACCGACAGCCGAGGGGGCCCACAGGGGUUGCGGCAGCGCUGCGCGGGUGACGAUGGCCAUCGCCGCGGAUAGGACGGGAAACAUGGGAUUUCUUAUACUGAAAAUGAUCCUGCGGUUUGCUUUUAUGGUCAUCAACAACAUGUUUGCGAUUCCGUCCUACGUGUUCUAUUUAAUAGCUCUGCAACCUUUAAGACUUUUCAACCCCAAGCUCUUCUGGUGCAUCGAGGGAGUCAUGUUUAAAUGGCUUCUGGCAAUGGUGGCAUCGUGGGGCUGGACUGCGGGAUACACAGUUGUAGAAUGGGGGGAUGACGUGCACACGAUUACAGAAGAUGAAGCGGUCAUGCUUGUGAACCAUCAAGCAACGGGAGACGUCUGCACGCUUAUGAUGUGCCUACAAGACAAAGGCAUGGUUGUUCGGCAGAUGAUGUGGUUAAUGGACCAUAUAUUUAAAUACACCAAUUUUGGGAUUGUAUCUCUGGUGCAUGGAGACUUCUUCAUCCGACAGGGCAAAGCCUAUCGAGACCAACAGCUUGUCCUCCUAAAGGACCAUCUUGAAAAGUACUACCGGAGUCGGGAUCGGAAGUGGAUCAUUUUAUUUCCAGAGGGUGGCUUUCUGAGGAAACGAAGGGAAACGAGUCAGACGUACGCCAAGAAAAAUAACCUGCCCUUUCUCACACACGUCACGCUCCCGAGACUGGGGGCAACGCAAGUUAUACUGAAGACCCUGUUAAGCCAGCAGGAAAAUGGAACGGUUACCAGCGGCGAUAUGGCUUUCACAGACCGAAAACCAAAAGGCCUGCAGUGGAUAAUAGACACGACGAUUGCUUAUCCAGACGCUAAACCGAUGGACAUCCAGACGUGGAUUCUGGGCUACAAGCGGCCGUCGGUCACGCACGUCUACUACAGAAUCUAUGCUAUAAAAGAUGUGCCAAUGGAGACCGAGGCCCUGACGGACUGGUUGUACCAGCGUUUCGUGGAAAAGGAGGAUCUUUUGUCGCACUUCUAUGAAACAGGGGCUUUCCCUCCACUGCCAGGACAAAAGAAAGCCAUUCCAAGAGAGAUGAUCCUUAACAACAGGUGGCUCCUCCUCGUCCAGCUGUUUGCGUUCUCGUCCGGUUACUUGUGGUACUGCGUUCUUCACUCGUUUUAUCAAUGCCUGUUUUAAGAGCGGAACAAGAGCAAGAGGACUCCAUGUAGGAAGUUUCAUGCUCUUCCCAGAGAGCAUCAUCUUAUCUGUGUGAAUGUGAAUAAGCCACAGUAAAGAAAACAGUGGACUCAAUAAUUAUUAUUAUUAUUAUUUUACCUUUCCUGGGUCGUUUUUUAAUUUCGAACAAAAAGUACGGCUAAGUGUCAGUGAGCCGCUAACAACUUUAGGAAGCGGAACAAGGCACGUGGCCUUUCGAACCGACGUUCUAAGGGCGAACAGCUAAAAUAAUUACGGAAGAUUUAGUGCAUUUUUUUUUUAUUAUUUUGUUUUUGUGAGAUGUUGAAAAGAGAUCCUCAUGUUUGAUGGGUAGUGACAGCAGCCGGCCGCCAUCAUUCAUCGCCAACGGAAAUGCGACUGCGCCCAGGCUCCGUGCCGUUACUGAUCUGCGGAACGCGUCGCCAUGCUUUACGCAUUCGGUGGCGUCGGCGCAUAAUGAGUUUAGCAAACGCCUUGUGUCUGGCAUUAGAAAAUCACACAUCAGAUUGAGCCCAGACGUGAAAAGGAACGGUCGCCCUCCAUGUGUGUUUACCACAAAGCACCUGCUUUACUAAAGUGUCAUCCCUCUGGAGGAUAAAUGUCUACUUGCUUGUCAAGACUUUUUUUUUUUUCUGUUAAUAUACAUCAUUUUUGUAUGUGAAUUUUAACAAUGCAGUGUUUUUGUGUUGGUUUUUUUUUAUUAUUUUUUUUAACGUCUCCUCUAAUUGCACUUUUUAAGAUGUAGUUUAAAACGCUGUGGAUUGUUUGGUUUUUGAAGAAGCGCUAAAAAUGUCUAACCCUCGGGUGUGAAACCCGUGGCCCAAUUUAUUCAUCGGUUAGCCCUGCGGCAAGGAAAGGUUGAGAACGUUUUUACAAAGAGGAUGUCUCUGCUUUAAUGUCUGUCUGGCCUCUCUUAACCGUAUUAACGAAAUGAAUGUGUGGAUCAAGGUAAUUGGAAGUGUGUCUGAUGCCAAACCAGAAGGCCCUCUUAACCAAGAGACUCGGCCCGCAUGGCCAGUGUUCCUCUGAGACGAAAUAUAAAGCAGAUGAGAACACGAUUUCUUUAUCUUCUUCUUAAACCUCUUCUGCAGAUACACAGCCCCCUCUAGUGGCUUCCAUUAUUACUUAGAACCAUUGGUUAACACGCCAUGGUCUUUAAGAGUGUUUUGGGUCGUUUUAAGGGCAAAACGGAUUUCUGUAUCUUGGCGGUAAAUUCAGAAGAGGUUGUUAAUAAAUUCACCAACAAGA